AUGGCCGAGAAGCAGGCUGAUAUAGAGGCUCGCGUGGUUGCUGGUCAACGCGACGAUGCUCUUGAAUAUCUGCACGAACAUGCCAACGUCCAGGAUGAGCAGACUGUCGAUCUCCUGGCGCUGCGACGGAAGAUCGACUACCGCAUCAUUCCGUUUAUGUUCUGCUGCUACAUCCUGCAGUUCCUUGAUAAGGUCAUGCUCAACUAUGCAGCUGUGAUGGGAAUUAGGUCAGAUCUCAAGCUGGUAGGAAAUGACUUUACAAAUGCCGCGACAUGGUUUUUCAUCGCGUACUUGAUUGCAGAAGUCCCCAAUGUUGUUCUUCUUCAAAAAGUUCCCCCUGCCAAGUGGCUGGGAACCAACGUCUUCUUCUGGGGUGUUGCUUCAGCUGCCUCUGCGGGUGCCCGCGACUAUCGCACUCUGCUCGUUGCGCGCAUCUUCCUCGGUAUCUUCGAAGCGACUAUUGGUCCGUCGCUGAUGCUGCUCAGCAGCCAGUACUACAACAAGAGUGAGCAGGCACCGCGGUUUACCCUCUGGUAUCUCGGUUUGGGUGUCGCGCAGAUCCUCGGCGGUCUGAUCUCCUUUGGGUUUCAGCACGUACAACACUCCUUCGAAGGCUGGCGCAUCAUGUUCCUUGUUCUCGGGCUUAUCACCUCCGUCGUCGGUGCCUUGGCCUUUAUCUUCCUCCCCGAUACCCCCAUGAAGGCCAAGUGGCUGAGCGAGCGCGAGAAGGUGGCGCUUCUAAAUCACGUCAGUGUCAAUCAGACGGGUGUGUGGAGCAGUGCCUUCAAGCCGCGACAGAUCUUGCAGUCCCUGUUUGAUGUGCAACUAUGGCUGCUCAUGCUCAUCACCAUGCUGAUUUCCGUCUCCAGUGGUGUGGUCACAUCCUACUCCGCUACCCUGAUCGCGGGAUUCGGCUUCACUGGCCCUCACGCAGCCCUGCUGAACAUGCCCUCCGGCAUUGUGAGCAUCUUCUUCACUCUUCUUGUCGGGAUCGGGAUCCGUCGUGUGUCGCACCGGUGGGCUUGGCUCAUCGCCUGUACCAUUCCUGGAAUCAUCGGCGGCGGUUUACUCUCUUUCCUUCCCAAGCACAACAAGGCCGGUGUCCUAAUCGGAAUCUAUCUGGUCAAUGCGGUCGUCGCUACCCUCCCCAUUCUGUAUCAGUGGACCACUGCGAACUGUGCCGGACAUACCAAACGUGCCUUUGCGAGUGCGCUGGUCGCCGGCUCCUUCUCGGUCGGCAACAUCAUCGGGCCUCAGACCUUCCAGGCACGCGACGCUCCAGACUAUCGUCCCGCCAAGAUUGCGGUGCUAGCCACUCAGGCUGGUGCAUCGGUGCUGUCGGUAGUUCUCUUCCUCUAUUAUGUGUGGGAAAAUAAGCGCCGAGACCGUCAGCAGUCCGUGACUGCCAACGGAGGAGAAGAGCAACUCGCACAGGAUGAGACCAAAUGGGCCGGGUUGACCGAUCGGGAGAACAAGAAUUUUCGCUAUGUUUAUUAG